GACCGUUUCUUCUUCUUCUUCUUCUCGUAAGCGGCAGAGAGCAGUGAUGGCGUCUCAUUGCUGAGAUUUUGAAUUUUCAAGGAAAAGAGAGAAGAAAUAGCAGUUGAGGGGACACGAAAAUGUUCUAUUCACAGUGUCUUCUUUCUAAAAAGGGAACUUUAGGUAAUAUUUGGGUAGCCGCUCAUUGUCUUAAGAGGCUUAAGAAAGAUCAAGUGGCUCAGACGGAUAUAUCUUCUUCUGUUGAAAAGAUUCUGCUAGAUGAAGUUCCUGUUGUUACCUAUAGAAUCCUGGCAUAUCUUCUUCUGGGUGUUGUGAGAAUAUACUCCAAGAAAGUAGAGUAUCUUUACAAUGAUUGCAAUCAAGUCCUCAUCGAAAUCUGUCAGUUUGCUGGCCAGAAAAGUUCCAGUAUAGCUGUCAAUCCUAUUACAUUUGCAUCAUCUUACAUGACUGUGACUAGACCUGAGAGGUUUGAACUUGAUGCUUUUGAUCUAGAGAUUGUGGAAGACGACACCAGGCUCAUUAUGAACCCUAAUGAAGAUACUACAUAUCAAGGUACUCAUUAUGCUCGGACAAGUGGUGAUGCAGGUCAUUGUCCAUUAGACAAGUUAUACAAUGCACAGUAUCCAUCUAUUGAAACUGCUACUUGCUUUGGAGUCCCUUCUACUUCUCAAUCUGCCAAUAGAUGCAUUGAUUCACUUACUGAUGUUAACCAUGGUAAUUUGGGGAUCUCAUCACAUAAUGAAAGUACCACUAUUACGGACGAUGAAAUGGUAAAGAGCCCAUCACAUUCCAAAAGCAUAUUGCAGAACAGCAUGGAGAAUAUACGGAAUGCUAAUUUUAUACUAGAAGAGUGCCUUGAACCUAUGUUAUUCGAUGAGAGUGAAGAAGAACUAGACACCACUAGAGGAGUAGAACAAGUUAAUAUCAACACUAAUAAUGAUGGUUUCAUUGUUGAUGAAGAAGAACCUCCUGACUUGAUUGGUGAAGAGAAGAAGCAAAUGGAAGAAGAACAUAUAGUUGCUGAUGAUCCGAUGACACCAUUAAAGAAUACCGAAAGCCACCGAGUAAAUUUUAUACUUGAUGUAACUCCAGAAUCAAAGUUUCCUGCCACUUCAGAAAAUUGUUUCUUGAAUGCAGGAGUGACCACGCCAGAACUUCUGGCCGUCAGCACUCCGGCUGCAAAGGAGCGAGCUAGGAUUCCAAGGAAAAGGAAAUGCGCAUUUGAUGAUGUAAUUGUGUUAUCGAACAAAGUUGUCAAAGAGAUCAUAAAUGACGCUUCUGACCUUGUGUGUAAACGAACAAAACUUCCUCAUACAUGUCUACACAUCUGGAAAGCAACUCGGUUAUCAAAUCUCCUACAGAUUUUUUCAGAUCCCCUAGUGCCUUGUGCUGCUUAUAACAACUCGGGUUUCCUAUUCGUUAAAAAGAUGUCUAAAGCUCAAGAGAAAGAUGAAAGACAUAGAAUAGCUAGAACUACUGAAUCUGUUGAUGAAGCUGUUAAAGGCCAAGAUACAUUAGAUUAUGAUGCUCAUAGUAUAUCUCCUGUUCCAGAAAAGGACAGAGUUGAGUCGAUAUCAGCUAUUCGUGUUGGUAAUGCUAAAUCUGACAGUUUUGUACCCGCAAAGUCUUCUUUAAGCAACACAGAAGAGGGUAUUUUGUUAGAAGAGAAUGGAGAAUUAAAUUUCAGUCUUGCAGACGAGGAAAUGAAUGUCUCAGGAGGAGGCAAUCCAGAGGAUGUGCAGAAUGAGAAAUCAAAAUAUGAAUUGUCGACAAGAACAAGAAGGCUAGCAAAGUUUCUGUACAAAAACUUUGAAAACCGAAAGAAACAAAAACAGGAUGAGGAGAUAAAGUUAUCGCACGUCUUGCAGAAGAAAAGCAGUAGAGAGAGCGCAAAGGCAUUUUACGAGAUACUUGUGUUGAAGACAAGACAGUAUAUUGAUGUGAAACAAGAUAACCCCUAUGAUGAUAUAUAUUUGAAGGAAACUCCCAAGUUAAAGAGUUGUUGGGAAGAAGAUCAUGUUUAGUAGAAGUAGAAGUAGAAGUAAAAGGGUGUUAGGUGGAGGCUUUUAGCUUUUAUUUAGGAGUAAAUGGAGUUGGGAAGGUUUUGAAUGUUAAUAUUAUGUAGUUGUUUUUACAUACUAGCUACAAGAUCUAAUUUUCCUACCUGCUAAUGAAUACCAUCUCAAAAUUUAAGUUAUAAUAGUUUUUUGGGA